UUCCGUAUCUUUCCCUCUCUCGUCCUCUCCUUCAAAGGGACAACUCCUAUUUAUUUACUUCCUUCGUUCGACGUUGUCCUUCGAAAAUAAAAGUCAGCUUCAGAGUUUUUUCGUUUUUAACCUAUAAGAAAAGAAAAAUAAACCACUAAAUCCUCCUAAUCUUCCAAUACCGCAACCAUGGCCGACAGCCAAUAUGUCUCGUACGCUGAGAACCUCAUGAAAUACAUGAGGCUCGACCAGAAGGGAAACGCCAUGGCGGAGUACAUCUGGAUCGAUGCUCACGGCCACGUUCGAUCUAAGAGCAAGACAAUUACCUCUAUCCCCAAGGAUGGUAACUUCAAGCCCGAAGAUCUUCCUGUCUGGAACUUCGACGGUUCUUCCACAGACCAAGCUCCUGGUGACAACAGCGAUGUUUACCUACGACCCGUAGCUGUCUAUCCCGAUCCUAUGCGAGGUGUCCCGAACAUCCUGGUCCUUGCAGAAUGCUGGAAUGCCGAUGGAACUCCCAACAAGUUCAACCACCGCCACGAAUGUGCUAAGCUAAUGGAGGCCCACGGCGACCACGUACCGUGGUUCGGUCUUGAGCAAGAGUAUACCCUCUUCGAUAUGGAGGACAGGCCGUAUGGCUGGCCCAAGAACGGUUACCCUGCUCCUCAGGGCCCUUACUACUGUGGUGUUGGUGCUGGCAGAGUUAUGUGCCGUGACAUCGUCGACGCCCACUACAAGGCUUGCUUGUACGCCGGUAUCAAGAUCUCUGGUACCAACGCCGAGGUCAUGCCUGCCCAGUGGGAAUUCCAAGUUGGUCCCUGCGUGGGUAUUGAGAUGGGUGACCAGCUCUGGAUGGCUCGUUUCCUUCUUCACCGUGUUGCCGAAGAAUUCGGUGCCAAGAUCUCGGUUCAGCCUAAGCCCAUCCCUGGCGACUGGAACGGUGCUGGUCUCCACACCAACUUCUCCACCAAGGAGAUGCGUGUUGAGGGCGGUAUGAAGCACAUUGAGGAGGCCAUCAAGAAGCUCGAAGGCCGACACAAGGAACACAUUGCUGUCUACGGUGAGGGCAACGAGCUGCGAUUGACGGGUAGACAUGAGACUGGUGCCAUCGACCAGUUCAGUUUUGGCAUUGCCAACAGAGGUGCCUCGAUCCGUAUUCCCCGAGAAUGCGCCGCCAAAGGAUACGGUUACUUUGAGGACCGAAGACCCGCGUCAAACGCUGACCCGUAUCAAAUUACGGGUAUAAUUAUGGAGUCGAUUUUCGGUGCAGCAAACUAAAGGAGAUAGGAGGAUACCCCGUGGUAGUAAUGAAUUGCUUUUAGGCGGAGCCUUUACAUAGAAUAGGAGUCUCUAAAGACAUGAAUUGACAUGAAUGAUUUUUUUCGGUUA